UACACCAUACACCAUGCACUACAAUCUACCCACUUUCAAGACCAACUCAGACGCUCUUCUGUUUUAACCUUGCGCACACAUACACACUCACACUAACGAUGAAUUACCACCCGCACAGAUGAUGCAACGAAGAGACAAACUUAUGCUCGAGUUUAGCGCCCGUUUAGUACACUCCAGAAAUAGCAAAGGACAGGACUACCUUUCGUCGCCCAAGCGCAGGUCCACAUCAUCGCCCACAGACUGUAUGCCGACAACGCAACGUAGUGAGCAGAGAAAAGCAAAAAUCGUCCAAAGGUUAAUAACCUCCUGGUGGCUCUUUAAAGUGUGUAACUGUUGAAAAAAUCGUAUUUCCAGUGAAUGUUUCUGAGAUUUUAAAGCGCUCCACUUCAGAAAGUAAAGUGGUUUAGGUCGAGUUUGAGAUGAUUAUCUCUCGUGUAUGUGCAAAUUUACAAAACUUAACACAUCAUCUUCAGGGUGGCGCUGCAGCGAGUGUCAUUAGUCACGGAUACAGGUCGUUUUCGGGCAUCAACAGUGUUGCUAGCUUAGAUACUUCUUCUGUGCGAGCCGACGAACGCAGCUUUUGGACAACUGUACGCCCUUACAGCCAAAAGGCCCACUUUUACAAUGUCGACAGAAAACGUCCACCACCGCAGGCCGAUGAGCAACGUGAUUCCGACAAGAAACACUCCGAGGACCAACUUUUCCAAAUGUUCAAGAACAAGGAAACGAACACGGUUAAUAUGGGAAAAUUCUUGGCGGAACUUCGAACGAUUGGCAUCAGAAGAACGGAUCCUCGUAUUCAGGAGAUGAUGGAAAACCUGAAGCGUGUCCACAAGCUCAACAACUACGAGCACGGGUCUCCCCACACCCAGCACCUGAACGAGGAAACGUUCAAAGCCGUCAUCGCACCGAACAUUGUGCUGAUCGCACGCGCUUUCCGCCACCAGUUCGUCAUACCGGACUUCCAAGGUUUCACCAAAGACAUCGAGGAGAUCUACUGGAAAUGUAAAAGCAAUGCGGACGGCAAGGUAGCCAACUACAUCCCGCAGCUAUCGCGCGUUAAUCCGGACUACUGGGGCGUUAGCGUGUGUACGAUCGAUGGGCAACGUUUCUCGAUCGGUGACACUUCGGUACCCUUCACCCUUCAGAGCUGCAGCAAGCCUCUCACGUAUGCGAUCGCACUGGAAAAGUUGGGUGCCCAGUUAGUCCAUCAGUACAUCGGACAGGAACCGAGUGGACGUAACUUUAAUGAGCUUGUGUUAGAUUACGAGAAGAAACCACACAAUCCAAUGAUUAACGCUGGUGCGAUUCUUACCUGUUCGCUGCUAAAGACGUUGGUUCAACCCGAGAUGACGUUGGCGGAAAAGUUUGAUUACGCACAGACGUGGUUCAGCCGUAUGGCGGGUAAUGAACCGCUCGGGUUCAACAAUGCCGUAUUUCUGUCGGAACGUGAGGCAGCCGAUCGUAACUACGCACUUGGGUUCUACAUGCGUGAACACAAGUGUUACCCGGAGAAGGCGAAUCUACGCGAGUGCAUGGAUUUCUACUUCCAGAUCUGCUCGAUGGAAGCUACUUGCGAUACGCUGUCGGUUGUUGCGGCUACCCUCGCCAACGGUGGUAUCUGUCCGCUGACGGAGGAGCGUGUUCUGCUGUCCGAGAACGUAAGGGAUGUGCUGUCGUUGAUGCACUCCUGCGGGAUGUAUGACUUUAGUGGUCAGUUUGCGUUUAAGGUGGGACUGCCGGCAAAGUCCGGUGUAUCGGGCGGUGUUAUGCUAGUCAUUCCGAACGUAAUGGGUAUGUUUAUGUGGUCACCGCCGCUCGAUCCGCUCGGCAAUAGCUGUCGAGGUGUACAGUUCUGCAAGGAACUUGUGGACGUGUUUAACUUCCAUCUGUACGACAACAUUAAGCAUGGGUCGAACAAAAAGGACCCACGGCGCCAUCGGUACGAAACUAAGGGACUGUCGGUGGUGAACUUACUGUUCUCCGCUGCGAUUGGUGAUGUAACUGCCCUGCGACGUCACAAACUAUCCGGCAUGGACAUUACACUGUCGGACUACGAUGGCCGAACGGCGCUACAUCUGGCAAGUGCGGAAGGACAUUUUGAGUGUGUACGGUUCCUGCUGGAACACUGUGGCGUACCGCAUGAUCCUAAGGAUCGUUGGGGUAAUCGUCCGAUUGACGAGGCGGAAACGUUUGGUCAUGAGGAUGUGGUGACUCUGCUGCGACAGUGGGAAGAAAAGGUACAGAAGGCAAAAACGUUUGACGCUAGCGAAACGGGCUACAACUCCGACCAGGACAGUGAUGGUUCGUCCAGCGGGAAAGGAACGAAGGGAUCGAAUGGGUCACCAAUUUUACCUUAAGCUAUUUAAAGGCAACGAAACGCACGACAAUAAUUAUGCGCUACCAUAAGUGUAGAGUGAAGCAUCACCAUUCUACGUUAUUUUAAAUAAUUUAGCUAGUCAAUUAGAUGUUUCGCAUUCAUGUACUCGUUUCAACACACAUAUUAUCACUCUCUGCGUGUAUGUAUAUCGUCAUUGUAACCGGUGCAUGUCAAUUAUACCCUCUACUCGAUAAACCGAACAUUCAUAAUCCAUGUACAACUAGCAGCAACGCAUGCGAAUCGAAUAAAUCAAUAAACUAGAACAUGCAAAUGAGACUGUA